GUCAGGCACUGGGGCGUGGGGAGAAGACGCGCCGCAGCCUCCGGCCAGGGACGCGCUCGGGCUGCCAGGCGGGGGCGGCUCCGCGCUGAGCGAAGGGGCCGGGAAGCGCCUGGGGGAGCCGCCGGCGCCGCGCUGCCACCAUUAGCCGGGCGGCGAGAGGAGGAGCCCGGGGAGCCGCCGCCGCGAUGGAGCAAUUAUCAGAUGAAGAACUUGAUCAUGGUGCAGAAGAAGAUAGUGAUAAGGAAGACCAAGAUCUGGACAAGAUGUUUGGACAAUGGCUUGGGGAGCUGGACAAACUCACACAGAGUUUGGAUACAGACAAGCCCAUGGAGCCAGUAAAGAAAUCCCCUCUUCGCCAAGAAACCAAUAUUGCCAAUUUCUCCUAUCGCUUCUCCAUGUACAAUUUGAAUGAAGCCCUGAAUCAGGGGGAGACUGUGGAUCUGGAUGCCCUCAUGGCUGAUCUUUGUUCCAUAGAGCAGGAGCUCAGCAGCAUUGGGUCACAAUCAGCAAACAGUGCUGCAAUGAAGCGUCUAGCCACAGAAACAAAAGUAGCUCAGAAACCACCUGCUGGUCGACUUUCCUCUAAACACAGCAGUAUAAAAGGAUCGUCCUCUUCAUCUGGUAGGGUAACUAAGCCUUCAAAUGCCAACUUUUCCUUGGAGGACAUUACUGCCCAGUUAGAGAAGGCUUCUUUGAGCAUGGAUGAAGCAGCCCAGCAAUCUGUAAUGGAAGAUGCUAAACCUGUAGUUACUGCUCAGCACAGAAGGACAGCAUCAGCUGGCACAGUGAGUGAUGCUGAAGUGCGCUCUAUCAGUAACUCAUCUCGUUCCAGCAUAACCUCUGCAGCAUCCAGCAUGGACUCCUUGGAUAUUGAUAAAAUGACAAGACCUCAGGAACUGGAUUUGACACAGCAAGGGCAACCCAUUACUGAGCAUAAUGUUUCUGUGGGACAUCCCAUCAAGCAGUCCAAGCGUCACAUUGACUUCACAGAAGAGGAGGCUGAGCUGACUCCUCACUCCUAUCUGGACAGGGAAACAUCCCUUCUUCUGAGAAACAUUGCAGGAAAACCUUCUCAUUUGCUGACCAAGGAAGAGCAGGCUGCUAAACUGAAAGCGGAGAAGAUCAGGGUUGCUUUGGAAAAGAUUAAAGAGGCACAAGUGAAAAAGCUGGUAAUCAGAGUUCACAUGUCUGAUGAUAGCUCCAAAACUAUGAUGGUGGAUGAGAGACAGACAGUAAGACAAGUACUGGACAAUCUGAUGGACAAAUCCCACUGUGGCUACAGUUUAGACUGGUCACUGGUAGAAACCAUAUCUGAAUUACAAAUGGAAAGAAUCUUCGAGGACCAUGAAAAUUUAGUUGAAAAUCUUCUAAACUGGACCAGAGACAGUCAAAACAAACUUAUAUUUGUGGAACGUAUAGAAAAAUAUGCACUUUUCAAAAAUCCCCAGAACUAUCUGCUGGGGAAAAAAGAAACCUCUGAGAUGGCAGACAGAAAUAAAGAAGUGCUGCUGGAGGAAUGUUUUUGUGGAAGUUCUGUAACAGUACCAGAAAUAGAGGGAGUCCUGUGGCUGAAAGAUGAUGGCAAGAAGUCUUGGAAGAAGCGUUAUUUUCUUUUGCGAGCUUCUGGAAUCUACUAUGUCCCUAAAGGAAAAGCAAAGGUCUCUCGAGAUCUGGUAUGCUUUCUUCAGCUAGAUCAUGUCAAUGUUUACUACGGGCAGGACUAUCGGAACAAGUACAAAGCACCUACAGAUUACUGUUUAGUGCUGAAGCACCCUCAGAUUCAGAAAAAGUCUCAGUAUAUCAAAUAUCUCUGCUGUGAUGAUGUGAGAACUCUACACCAGUGGAUAAAUGGCAUCCGUAUUGCUAAGUAUGGGAAGCAACUGUAUGUGAACUAUCAGGAAGCACUGAAGAGGACAGAGUCAGCAUAUGACUGGACUUCCUUGUCAAGCUCCAGUAUCAAGUCAGGAUCCAGCUCUUCCAGUUUACCAGAGUCUCAGUCAAAUCACUCUAAUCAAUCUGACAGUGGAGUUUCUGACACCCAACCAACUGGCCAUGUCCGUUCCCAAAGUAUUGUCAGCUCUAUCUUCUCUGAGGCCUGGAAGCGAGGCACUCAGCUGGAAGAAUCCAGCAAGGCCAAAAUGGAGUCUGUGAGCCGACCCUUCACUUCGCUUGCACCUGCCAUGUCCCCACAAAUUAAAGUGGCUACCCCAUACACAGCUUCUCAGCCAUCGCCUCCCCUUCCACCACCCCCACCGCCACCACCCCCACCGCCUCCACCCCCUCCUCCGCCACCACCUCCACCUCUUCCCAGCCAGUCUACGCCUUCGACCGGCUCAGCGGCCCCCCUGUUUGUCAAGUACAGCACGAUCACGAGGCUGCAGAAUGCCGCCCAGCAUGCUGGGCCUCUCUUUAAACCUCCCCCCGUCACCCAGCAAAUGCCACCUCCCCCAGUGCUGGGAAAGCUGCCCAUGCUGGUGGCUCCCCCUCCUCCCCCACCUCCUCCUCCACCUACCCCCGGAUCAGCUAUGGCACAGCUGAAACCAGCCCCCUGCACCCCAUCAGUGCCACCGUUCACCCCACCACCACCCCCUCUCAAAAUCCAUCAGGUUCCACAGAACGUUACUCCAGCAGCUGCAUCAUCACCACCCCCUCUCCCUCCCCCUGUGCCUGCAGCGCCUCCCCCUCCAGCCCCUCCUAAACCCCUCCUACCUGUCCCCACGCAGGCAAGUGCAAAGGCAGCAUCGCCCAUCGUGACCCACAUCCCGCCACCCGGGCCCAUUCCCCCUCCUCCUGCAAUAAAAAAGCAGCCAAAUUUCACAGCUUCCCAAGUUCCUCCUCCAGCACCUGUUCCUCCAGGGCCUACUCCCCCACCCACCUUACCAAAACAGCAGAGUUUCUCUGUUAAACCUCCCCCAUCCCCUCAGUCUCCUGUGCCAUCUGUUGUGAAGCAGAUAGCCAGUCAGUUUCCACCUCCCCCAACCCCUCCAGCCACAGAGCCUCAGCCUUUAAAGCCUGUCCCAGUAAGUGGGGCGCCACAGUCUCCCCCAGCAGUGAAAGCAAAGCCCAAGUGGCAGCCCACUUCUGCUCCAUCUCCUGAUUUUCCUCCUCCUCCACCUGAGAGCAGCUUAGUGUUUCCUCCCCCACCUUCCCCAGCUCCCCCUGCAGCUUCUCCCACCCUGGACAAGGCGGGAUCUCCAGUCAAAAAGGCCAGCAAGACCUCAAGUCCUGGAGGGAAGAAACCACCUCCAACACCUCAACGAAACUCCAGCAUCAAAUCCAGCAGCUCUGCUGAGUACCAUGAAUCUAAGAGACCUUCGGUGGACAGCCUUGUCAGCAAAUUUGCACAUCCACCAGAGCCUUCAGGAUCUCCUUCCAAGGAACCUCCACCUCCUCCUGCAGCUCCUCCAAAGCCAGGAAAGCUAAAUCUUUCUGGGGUGAAUCUGCCUAUAGUUCUUCAGCAAGGAGGUAUUUCAGCAAAGGUACCUGCAGUAGGAGUGUCUGGGAAGGAUCCCAUGGUAGAAUUUCCUUCUCCUCCAUCCGAUUCAGACUUUCCGCCACCUCCACCAGAAAUAGAUCUGCCUUUACCACCAGUAGAGAUCCCAUCUGUGUUUUCAGGUAGCACCUCUCCAAAAGUUGCUGUUGUUAAUCCUCAGCCUCAGCCCUGGUCUAAAUCAUCAGUGAAAAAAGCCCCUCCGCCCACACGUCCCAAGCGGAAUGACAGCACCCGGCUUACGCAGGCAGAAAUCAUGGAAUCACAGGGGCCAGUCAGUCCACAAGUGCCCACCUCGCCCAAGUCCAGCCUUAGUGUUCAGCCUGGCUUCCUGGCAGACCUAAACAGGACUCUGCAGCGGAAGUCCAUCACUCGGCAUGGCUCCCUCUCUUCUUCCCGUGUGUCCAGAACAGAGCCGACUGCCACGAUGGAUGACAUGGCAUUGCCUCCACCCCCACCGGAACUGCUUGCGGACCAGCAAAAGACUGGCAGCUAUGGAGGCAGUCAUAUAUCAGGCUAUGCAACGUUGCGGAGGGGGCCACCGCCUGCUCCCCCCAAAAGGGAUCAGAACACCAAGCUGUCUAGGGACUGGUAAUCAUUAGGUGAACUAUAUUUUGCGUGACUUUCAGUCAAUUCUACAAUCAGCAAAUCUGUACUUUGUGUGUAGAGAGAGAACAUGUGACUUGUGCGAUAACAUGAUCAAGACGUGGUCUCCCACUGUCACUAAGGGUAACUGUAUGCAUUCCCUUUCAGAACUAGUCCAAAAAGUUUGAGGGUUUGGGUUUCACUAUUUCAAGGGUGUGGAGGGGCAUUGUCCUCUCCUUUGCAAUUUCUUUUAUCCUUCAUGUGGAUUGGACCAAAAACCUUUCUUACUUUUUUCUGCAUUUAAGAAAAAAAAGAAAUUUUUGUAGCGUCUGUCCAUGUGAGAUAUGUUUGUGCAUGUAUUAUAAAUGUAGCUAUAUUACGUCGCAGUUAUAGAAGAUAACCAGAAUGUUUUUGUAUAUCUGUAUUUAUUGUUUCAGUCCACUGACGUAUCUAUUACUCGGAAUUGGACUCUAACCAGUCAAACCUUUACAUGAAGAUGAAGAUGUAAGGGGCACUUUAAAUCAGAAAAGCAUCUUUUGGCAGUUUGUGACGGGUAAAUGGUACAGAACUGAAGCAUUCUGUCAGUAUCUGUACAUUUUCAAUUGAUUGAAAAUACAGACACAACAUACCAAAACAUUCUGAUCAUAAUACUACUGAAAAUAAAUACAUUUUGAGGGGGGAAAAAAAAGUUAUAUAUAUUGGGCUGGAGUGAAAUAUAUUUAUACUAUAAAGAGCCUCCCCCUCCAAAUAGUUGAAAACCACUCACAGCUCCAGGUUCCUUGUCCAUACAGUAAGUGGGAUACAUAUAUAUUAUUUCAAUCCAGUACGCAUUCUAAUGUGGUAAGAAGCCUGGUAGCCACAAUUCCUUCCUUUGACACAUUGGGAGGCUUAACAAUCUGUCAUGUGAUACAUCAUCAGUACAUGUGUACAUCUUAUUGAAAAUACAGGUAUGUGUCUGUAUUCAGUAAUACUCUCUGCCACAUGCACACACCAUAUAUAGAUGCUCACCUUAUCUGUGCCUGAAGAGAUGAAUUAUCUUUACAAAAAAUGGCUGAGAACCCUUGAGAAAGCAUUGUGUAUAAUUCGCCAGCUGUGAGCUAGAAGCUUUCAUUUGGAGAGGGAGGGAUGGGAGUGGUAAUUUCAGUCCACAAAUAGCUAGGAACCUGUUUUUUUUGACCUUUUGAGACGGCAACGAAUGCAUAAGCCUAUUAAUUAACAAAUUGCACUUCUGGCAGUCAUGGAAGAUGACUGAAAAAAUAUAUAAUUUGGGAACUGAUAAAAUCUGUUAGGAAUCCAGUUACAUCAUCAGGGGCCUUAUUAGGUGGAAAUAGAAUACUUUAUUUGAUUUGUUAUUUAUUUAUUGCUGAUUACAACCAUAAGAUCAGAAUAAUAGAAUCCUUUUUCUUGUAAUCUGCUAGUUUUUGAUUGUGCAGUCUUACCUGGGUAUCGGACAUUGUGAUAUGGUAGUAUAGUUCGUAUAAGCGAUCUUGCAUCUCGUGCAUGUGCAGUACAGUGUACGUUGUAAAAUAACUCAAUAUUAGCACUGUACCUUAACAUGUUCAUUUGUGUGAAUUUCCCUGAUCACUAAAGGGACACUAUCAAGAUUGGGGUGGUCAGAUUUUUACCAUUUUUUUCCUUCAAAAAUAAAUUCUAAAUGCUCUUAUUUUUUUCUAAAACAAGAAACCAAGAAAGCAGUCCAGAAAUCACAAGCAAUGCUGCAAUAGAUCAUGUGCGUCGAUAAAGUAGAAACUAAUAUUUGGUAAGAGAGAAUAUUUGCCAUUUGGGCUUGUCAAUGUGAGAAGCAUCGUUACAGCAUUCCCCCUUUUUAAAAGUAUAAUAAUCCACAUGAGGGAAUGAGUGUUUGAUUAGGAAAGAAGCUGUCACAAACCAUCUGUACUUGUAUAGUUCUAUAUAAGUGCAUUGUGAAAAGAGAAAAUGCGUGGUGCUGUCUCUGCUGACCUGUUUCAUAUGAUUUUGAAUCUGCUUCAGCACCUCCAGGAAAUGGUUGUAAUAUUUUAGAGUAGUUUAUUUGAGCAAUAAGAGUAUACCAUUGUGUGCAUUUUUAAAGCACUGCUGUGGAAAGGCACUUUUUUGUAUCUUUCAAACUGUUCACAAGUUUUAUUUCUACUAUUUUUGUGCUUAUAAAGUGUCCUUAAAAGCAUUGGCAUUGUUGAUUUUAAGCAUGCUCAGUUAGCUGAUUAGUGUCUUAUUGACAAGAUUGUUGAACUAUGCUACAAUUAAUGGGUGCUGUAAUUUUCUACAUUCUUCCUUCUGCUGCUUGUACUGUAUGCUGGCCCUCGAUCUCGCAACUUCCAGUGGAGUUAAAGGUUCACAGAUAGGAAUUCUAGCCUCAUCAUUUUUAUUGAUAAGUUUACCUACUGAUCACCUCCAGUGUGCACCCAUGUUCUCUGGGAGCUAAAUCAGUUAGUUAAUUCUUUUAUCUUCAUCCUCCCCUACCCUCCAAUAACUCCACUGGCGCGCGUCAGCCCUAUCGUUCUUUCUUUUAUUCAUUUGAUGUAGGUGCCUCUGGGAUCUGCACUUGUUCCUAAUUAUGGCAGAGGAAUGUCUUAAAUGCAAUUUCUUCAAAGGCAGAUGAGAAUUGUUCUCGGUUUCCUAUGAUCAAGUUCAUUUGUCUAAUACUUGUUUCCCAUGGGACCAUGAACCUGUGCUAGCUAAUGCAGGCCACUGAACAGUUUGCUGGAAGUCAGAAAACCAAACUCCAUAUUUGCAGCAAAAAGAGUGAGUGUCAUCCAGGGAACAGGAAUUAAUCUUUUUGUUAUUUGUUAGCUUUGGGCAAUCCAACAGCCUUUUGUGUCUUUGAAGAAAUGUUAAUGCCGUGAAUUUCCACCGUUCCCAUGUAUUUUAUUUCUGUACCUGCAUGCGUUUUAUAUAAACCAAAAGAUGCAGUGCUCUUUUAGAAUAGUGUCAUUGCAGGGGUUUUCUGAAGCUUCUCCUUGAGUUCUGGUUUUCCCACCCCUUAUUUUUCAGCAUUUGUGUUCUUGGCAAAACUCUAUUUCAAGGUGCUGUAGUCUUUGCUAGUGUCUGUCCCCAGUCCAGUGUUGGUACAAGCUAAGUAGUAAAAACUGGCUGCAGCGCUCUCAACGAAGCGUAUUGAAACUAGACCACAGGUUGGCAAAAAUUAAAUUACCUGGUUGCCAUUGCAAACCUUGAGAAUCCUGAUGGCAACUUGCUUUUCCAACUUAUUGGCUGUUCUGUUCUAGUGUUUAAAUAUAUUGCCUUGUUUGCAAGUAAUUUUCUUCCUGCUCAUUGAUUUGGAAAUUGCCUCAUUUCUUCCCUCUCUUUUAACCCCUUUGCUUCCUCUCUCUCUCUCUCUCAUAGCGAGAAAGUAGUUUCUGCAAAGAAUAUUGACCAUAAAUUGGCCAUAAUUUGGAUUUAGUCAGCAUAGCACCUUGGAGCUGACCAGCCAUACUUUAGACAAAUGGAGCAGAUGAUUUAAUCCCACAUUAUUAACAAAAUACAGGUGUAGUUUAAAUUACUUUUAAACCGAUAUUUGCCACUUGCUAGGACCUCCACUCAGAGUGCUUUUUCUCUUGCGAGAGCAGCUGAUCCCAGAGCUGCAUUCCUUAGCCCGUUGUGAUGUUCUCUAUACCUAUUUUCCCAUCUGGAAAAUGGGGAUAAUGCCUAUCUACCUCACUGGGGUGUUUUGGGGACUAAUUAAUGUUUGAAUAUGUAAAACAGUAUUUUCACAAGUCUUGUAGGAGAAACACAAGCCCUAUGAUAGAUCCUAGUAUGAAAGCACAAGAGAAAAUGACAUCCAUGUAAGAAAAUGUGACUAUUCUAGUCAGCCUGUGUACGUUGUUAAUGAUUUAGAAUCUGAAGCUUUUUUUAUUUAAAAAACAUUUUUUCACCUUUAAUCAAGAAACAUUGAUGGGUCUGCAAGGUGCUUGGAGUUGCAGCUGCCUGAGGGACUAGAAUUGACGUGAGAAUGAAAGGAGUGUGUUUUUCAGAGUGCUUUGCUAAACCUAAGCCAGCCAAGACAGGACAGGGGUGCUUUCAAUACAGCAAGGCCGGGCAGUGAUGCUUUAGGUUAGUUGACUGAUGCUCCUACUGUAUGUCAGUACUGAGAAAUACAAAAUAGGCAGGAAGAAAUCGCUGAGUGAAGGAGGUAGAGUGACAUGAAUAUAUAACACAGUGACAGGCCACUAGAUUUCUCUUACGUUUGGGACAAGGUGGAACUUCGGAGGCGUCAGAAUAAGUACAGUGAGAAUUGAUGAGGUGAGAGAGUAAGUGGGGGAAAGAGAAGAGAGGACUAGGGAACAGCUCCUUAAAAUGAGAAAUAGGAGGAACUGGAGCCAGGUUUGGUUAUCCCUUCUAAUGUUGUCCAAGCAAGUAGCAACCACGAGUUGCUAAGUGCCACAGCCUAGCAGAAGGGGGCAGAAUUCAUUCAGUCCAAACAUCUUCAGUCAGAACGUAAAAAGCAAAGCCAAGUGUGUACUGAAACAGAAACCGUGGAGGACCAGAACCAGGGAGCCCCUUCAGGGUAAAUUACGAUGACUCCAAAACACAGAGUUGGCCCAUCCCAGUGCUCACCUGGGAGAAAGUUAUCCUGGUGCUGCUUCUCCUUGGUAGCACCUGUGGCCAUCCAGCUAAAGGGGCAUUUCUGCCUCUGCUUCAAUUGCAGCAGGAGCCAUAGUUAGUCCUGGGGUAUAUUUUGCUGGGACUCAGUUACUUUAGAAAGACAGACCAGGCUUAAUUUCAUAGACUGUCAAUUAACUACAAAAAGUGCUUUUAACGUGUAGUUGUUCACCUCUGAAUAAAGAUCCUAACAGUUAUUGUGGGUGUGAUUGAAAUGCAGGUGUUUUAAAAUAGCUUAGUGUGGAAGUGCACACUUUCCAGGAUGAGUUUACAUGUAAAUUGGAGGAAUAGCUGACGUGAUUUGCUGAUGUCCUCUAGCAAGAUGCCCUUUACCAUGAAAGUGGAGAGCAUUGAUCAUCCAGACACAAGCGCUGUGUCCUUGGUAAUGCUUUGCUUGUAAAACACUGUUGUUUUGCCACAGAUGGACAUUUGAGCUCUGAAUGUAGCAAAUAUGUCACUUACUGCACUGAGUAUGUGCAGGUCUGCAAAGCUAGAGAGCACCUCCAUAAUGG